UUUUUUUGUUGCUUAAUCAUAUGAUAUUUACUCAAAUAGUUAUCUUUACUCUUGUAUUUUCUUCCUCACUAGUGUCGUGUUUGUCCCCAAACCAAGAAACACUUUUCCAAAUCCAAUAAACAGGUUUCAAUUAACCGUGACUUCUUCUGUAGCAGAGAGCUCAAGAGAAUGGAGAUUGCAAGUCAAGAAGAUCCCACUCCAAUAAAUACUAGCUACGGUAAUAGUGGAGGUGGGCUUGGGAAUAUGAUCCAUAAUCAUCAUGCCAAUUCUGCUCCAACAUCUCUCAACAUUACUACUCCAAUCCCACUACAAGUCUCCUCAAAUGGUAACGGUCUUGGCAAAAAUCAUGACUACUCUCAUCAUCAUCAUCAUCAUGUGGGCUACAACAUCAUGGUCGGCAAUAACAACAUCAAGAAAGAGAAACCUGUGGUGAUCAAGUACAAGGAAUGCCUAAAGAAUCAUGCAGCUUCAAAGGGAGGCAAUGCCAUUGAUGGUUGUGGAGAUUUUAUGCCAAGUGGUGAAGAUGGUUCCAUUGAAGCUCUCACUUGCUCAGCUUGUAACUGCCAUAGAAACUUCCAUAGAAGAGAAGUCGAAGGUGAAGAAAAAACCUUCUUUUCCCCUUACCUCAACCACCACCAACAACCUCCGCCACAGAGAAAACUCAUGUUUCACCACCACCACCACAAGAUGAUGAAAUCACCAUUACCGCAACAAAUGAUAAUGCCAAUUGGUGUCGCAACCGCUGGAUCCAACUCAGAGUCAGAAGAUCUCAUGGAAGAAGACGGUGGAGGAAGCUUGACAUUCUGGCAGCCACAACCGCCACCGCCACCAUAUAGUUACGGACAUAAUCAGAAGAAGAGGUUUAGGACAAAGUUCACACAAGAGCAAAAGGAGAAGAUGAUGAGUUUUGCGGAGAGAGUUGGUUGGAAGAUGCAAAGACAAGAGGAGUCUGCUGUUCAACAGCUUUGUCAAGAGAUUGGAAUCAGGAGAAGAGUUCUUAAAGUUUGGAUGCACAACAACAAACACCAUUUAUCCAAGAAGAGCAACAACAUUAAUGACAAUGUAGAUCAGCUCGGUAAUAAAGACGUUAAUAACGCAACUACUGAAAAUCUUGCUUCUACUAGUCCUAGUUAAGUUAAAUUGUUGUUAUAACUUCACUCAUGUGACUACUUAAUAAAGUACUUGCUCAUCGUAUGGUUAAUGUUUUACCCUUUCUUUUGUUAA